AUGGUUGCUCAAGUUUCCUUCGAGAAGGAGAAUGGUUUCUCCAGUUACUUUAACUACUCUUCCAAUCUGAAAGUUGCCCUAGCUAUCGAAUAUGCUACAAAGGACUUAAAGAUUCAAAUCAAUGAUGAUUUGAAGACCGUCCAAUUUGUUGAUCAAAUCCAAGGCCAGGAAUUCACUUUGUUCAAUGCUAACGCAAUCCUUUGUUACGCUAUGAACGAUUUUACUGGUCAGGACUCUGAAGAAUUCCAUUUUUCUGAAUCCUCCCUGGAAUCUUUUUUCCGUCAACAGGAAGUUCCUCAAGAACAUGCUACUGUAUGUGUUCAAAAGACUCUGGACAAUUACUUGACUUCCUUAGAGGAACCAAUGACCUCUUUGAAGUUAAUUACUUUUGUUAAUGCCUUCACUUUGGAUCCAGAACAAAUCAUUGCUCGUUUCCCAACUUUCCCAGAGAAGAUCAAAAAUGCCAUUGUUUUGGCUGCCAAGCAUACUCCUCGUUCUUCAAAGAACUUUAAACAUACUGGUACUUCUAAAAUCGCUACAGGUUUCGAAGUUGCCGUUCAAUCUGAAGAGAUCCUACCAAAAGAUGGUGAACGUAACAUUAUUAUUACAUCUGCUUUACCAUACGUUAAUAAUGUUCCUCAUUUGGGGAACAUUGUCGGUAGUGUCUUGUCGGCUGAUAUUUUCGCACGUUACUGUAAGAGCAGAAACUAUAACACUUUAUUUGUUUGUGGUACUGAUGAAUACGGUACCGCUACUGAGACCAAGGCCUUAGAAGAAGGUGUCACUCCACGUAAAUUAUGUAACAAAUACCAUGCCAUCCACAAGGACGUCUAUGAUUGGUUCCAAAUUGGUUUCGACCACUUCGGUAGAACCACCACCCCUCAACAAACUGAGAUUGCCCAAAAUAUCUUUACCGAAUUAAAUGACAACGGUUUCCUAGAGGAACAAUCCAUGAAACAAUUAUAUUGUGAAGAGCAUAACUCUUACCUUGCUGAUAGAUUUGUUGAAGGUGAAUGUCCAAAAUGUCACUACGAUGAUGCUAGAGGUGAUCAAUGUGACAAAUGUGGUGCCCUAUUGGAUCCAUUUGAAUUGAUUAAUCCACGUUGUAAGUUGGAUAACUCUACUCCAGUUAUUAAGAAUACUGAUCAUAUCUUCCUAUCUCUGGAUAAACUAGAAGAUGAUAUAAAGGAAUGGUUCUUAAAGGCUUCAGAAGAAGGUCAAUGGUCCAAAAACUCCAAGACUAUUACUAGUUCUUGGUUGAAGGAAGGUCUAAAUCCACGUUGUAUUACAAGAGAUUUGAUCUGGGGUACUCCAGUUCCAUUAGAGAAAUAUAAGGACAAGGUCUUGUACGUGUGGUUUGAUGCUACUAUUGGUUACGUCUCCAUUACUGCAAACUAUACUAAGAACUGGGAGCAAUGGUGGAAGAACCCAGAAAAUGUUAAGCUAUAUCAAUUCAUGGGUAAGGAUAACGUUCCAUUCCAUACGGUUGUUUUCCCAGGUUCUCAAAUUGGUACUAAAGAAAACUGGACUAUGUUACAUCAUCUAAAUACUACUGAAUAUCUACAGUAUGAAGGUGGUAAAUUUUCUAAGAGUAGAAAUGUUGGUGUAUUUGGUAACAAUGCCCAAGAGACUGGUGUCUCCCCAAGUGUCUGGAGAUAUUACUUGGCAUCUAUUAGACCAGAAUCGAGUGAUUCUCAAUUCUCUUGGGAUGAUUUCGUCUCUUCUAAUAAUAAUGAAUUGUUGGCUAACUUAGGUAACCUCGUCAAUAGAUUAGUUAAAUUUGUUGACGCCAAGUACAACGGCGUUGUGCCAAAAUAUGAUCCAAAGGAAAUUUCUAACUUUGAUGAAUUAUCUAGUAACAUCAACACUAUCCUAUCUUCUUACAUUAACGAAAUGGAACUUGCACAUGAAAGACGUGGUCUAGAAAUUGCUAUGUCCCUAAGUGCCCGUGGUAAUCAAUUCUUACAAGAAAAUAAGCUUGAUAAUAGCCUAUUUUCAGAAUUACCAAAGAAGUCAGACGCCGUUGUCGGUGUUGGUCUAAACAUUAUUUAUGCCGUUGCAUCCUUAAUAUAUCCAUUCAUGCCUGAAACUUCAAACACCAUCUACAAGAUAUUGAAUGCUCCAGCUCUAAAGAUCAGCAAUGAAUUUAACUUAGUUAUCCAAGGUGAACAUAACAUCAAUAAGCCAGAAUACUUAUUCAAGCGUAUUGAUCCAAAACAAGUUGAAACCUGGAGAAGUCAAUACGGUGGUCAAUCUAAAGAAUAA